AUGGUCACAGCUACUCCCACAACAUUCACCCGCGAUGAGGUCGCAAGUAACAACACCGUCGACUCGCUCUUUAUUAUAAUAGAUUCGAAGGUCUACGACCUGACCUCCUUCGCGGACGCCCAUCCCGGUGGUGCACAUGUGCUGCUUCAAGUAGCUGGGAAAGAUGCUACCGCCGAGUUCUUCCAGAUGCAUCGUCAUGAGGUGCUCUUGAAAUAUGAGAAGUUAUGUGUGGGUACUAUUGCUGGGGAAACACCGCAGGUGUUGACCAUAGGGCCGGGAGACUUGUCGCCUGUUCCUUAUUCGGAACCUCAGUGGCUUGUGCCGGAAUUCAGUAGUCCAUACUACAAAGAGAGUCACCGUAAGCUUCGCAAAGCAGCCCGAAUCUUUGUAGAUGAGCAUCUUCGACCCGAAGCUCUUCGUAUCGAAGAAUCCGGCGAGAGGCCCAGCAAAGAGAUCAUCAAGUUGAUGUGGGAGAAUGGAAUGAAUCCUAUGCGUCUUGGGCCAGGAAAGCACCUUAAAGGCCACACUCUCAUGGGCGGCAUAGUCACUCCAGAAGAGUUUGAUUACUUUCACGAACUAGUCCUCACCCAGGAGCUCUCGAAAACUCAUGGCCGUGCCUGUAACGACGGCUUCCUCGGCGGUAUGGUUAUCGGUCUUCCGCCUGUUCUUAAUUUCUGUAACGACCCUGCUCUCCGCGAGAGAGUUGCCCGGGAAUGUUUUUCGGAUUACUUCACAACUGCUGUCAAGACUGAGAAGGGCUAUAGUGUCCUACUCAUUGAAAGAGGUGAGGGCGUCGAAACCGAGCAAAUCAAAACAUCAUAUUCCUCAGCCGCCGGAACCGCAUUCAUCACGUUUGAUAAUGUCCGUGUCCCAGUGAACCACCUGCUAGGGAAGGAGCACCAAGGCUUCCCCGUCAUAAUGUCCAACUUCAACCACGAACGCUGGGUCAUGUGUUGCGCCGUCAUCCGAAGUUGCCGUGUUGUUGUAGAGGAAUGUCUAAAAUGGACAAAUCAACGCACAGUUUUCAACAAACGCCUCAUCGACCAGGCUGUCAUCCGUAAUAAGCUAGCAAAAAUGAUAGCUCUCGUUGAGUCCUCUCAAUCAUGGCUCGAGUCCCUAACUUUCCAAAUGUGUAAUAUGAGCUACGCUCAACAAUCCAUCUCCCUCGCCGGCCCCAUUGCACUACUCAAAACAUUUGCAACAAGGGCAGCACACGAGAUUGCCGACGAGAGUGUACAAAUCUUUGGAGGCAGAGGCAUCACUAAAAGUGGUAUGGGUAGAGUUAUCGAGUCAUUCAAUAGAACCUACAAGUUCGACGCGAUAUUAGGAGGGUCGGAAGAGAUUUUGGGUGAUCUGGCGGUCAGGCAGGCGAUGAGAAAGUUUCCGAAGGCUAUGCUUUAA